UCUAUUUCUCAUCUUUUCAGAUAUUUCCAGGAAUGGAGCCGUCACCGGCAAACGCCGACAUCUCACUAUCAAGAUUAUUAUGAAUUGAAGCAGCGAACCCUCGCUGUUAUGUCUCCUCUUAAGGUUUAGUUUGUCAACACACCACAAUGGACACCCUGCACGUGGGCCACGGGCACAGCCUCGGCUCCAGCAGGAGCCAGUCGCCAUCUUGUACGGAGCUGGCGCAGCCUGCCGCCGACUCCAUCAGGUCCCGCGUGCAGUCGCCCUCCACCGCGCUCCACAGCGAGCCAUCAUCGAGCUCGUCGUCUCGUCAUGGCGACCGCGUCACGCACCACGUCAAGUCACACUCGCGGGACUUAGGCAGCAGCCCACUAUCUCGGGACCUGGGUAGCAGUCCCGCUACCACCGGCAGCGUGUCUAGAGACCUAGAAGAUUCUCCUCAAAAGAAGAUCUUAGCCGGCCUCAUAGCGCCGGGCGAGUACGCGGCCGCGGUAUACCACAGCCCUAAUAACGCAUCUUACCUUUCUUCUGCCGACGAGUACGGUUCGCCGGCGUAUAGAGCAGCAGAUGGUGACUACACUAACCAUGACGACAACGAUGGCGCAAACACAACCGCGUCGUCGAAAGCGCAAGCCGCCAUCAUGCAUCUACAGAGCAAGGUCGAGCGGACUAAGGAGCUGAUACGGUUGGAGCAGACGAUACGGGACGACAACGUGAACGAGUACCUGAAAGUAGCUGCCAACGCCGACAAGCAGCAACUGCCGCGCGUCAAAGCGGUAUUCGAGAAGAAAAACCAAAAGUCCGCGCUCUGCAUCGCGCAGCUGCAGAAAAAACUAGAAGGAUACAACAAGAGGAUCAAGAAUUGGGAGCAACACGGCUCGAGCGGGCAGGCGCACCGGCAGCCGAGGGAGGUGCUCAGCUACAUGGGGCAAGGGUUGAAGAGUGUAGGCGGCAAUAUCCGCGACGGCAUCACGGGGCUCGGCGGCAGCGUGAUGGCCGCGCCGAGGGAGUUCGCGCAUCUCUUCUCUCGCUCUAACCGCUUCGGCUCCGCGGACAACAUCUCGCAACUCGCCGAAAACACAGGUCCCUCCCCACCACACGCGGAACUGAGAGCGAACGCGUCCUCCGAAGGCUCGCGGGCGUCCGAGGCAGGGGAAGCUGCUCCAAGAGGGUCCACUUUGCCCCGUGCCGCCACUUCCCCCGCACCGAAGUUCUCCCCUGAAGCCUCUCCCAGUAGCAGUGUCACCAGUGAAGGAGCCGUGUAUCCGACGCAGCCGGGAUCCAACAACCUGUCAGAAGCAGCCCUAAGCAUCAAGCCGAUUCUCAGUGAACUGGCCGCGCGCCGCGAAGACUUCGAAAGGCUAGCAGAGAAACUCGACGCGCUUAAGAAUCUAUCACAAGAGGUGUCGGACCUGACGGAGCGGUUGCAGGAAGAAAGGUUCAAGACUGAGAGAUUAGAAGAACAAAUCAACGACCUCACUGAACUACAUCAGAAUGAGGUUGAAAAUCUGAAGCAAGCUUUAACUGACGUAGAAGAGAAGGUGCAAUAUCAAAGCGAAGAGAGGAUACGGGAUAUACACGAGGCGCUAGAUCUCUGUCAAACUAAGAUUAGCAAACUAGAACAAUGGAUGGCGGGCGGCGUGGCGGGCGGCGGCGGCGCGGGCGGCGACGCGGGCGUGGCCGCCCUGCCGCCGCGGCUGCUGCUGGUCAAACUGCUGAAUGUGGCGCUCACGCUGCUCCAGCUGGCGCUACUGCUGAUGGCCACCAUCGCCGGCGUGGCCAUGCCCUUUCUACGCACUAGAGUACGAGUCCUAACAACAAGCUUAGCCGUAAUGGUGGGUGUAAUGGUUCUGAAGCAGUGGCCGGAGGUGACACAGCUCUCGGAGCACCUCGUCCGACGGCUCAAGGAGUACCUCCUCGACAAGCACCAUGACAGGUAUGAAUGCAAUGCGUUGUGUGGUUAAAUAAACCCAAUUCGGCGUUAUUGGUGAAUUAGGUAAAAUAUUGCAAUUUGGUCCUGUUU